AUGAUUGAAAACGUUACGUCUUCAUCAACUUUUAAACGUGCUGAAAACAAAACAAGGGUUCUUCGACGUUUUUUAAAAAAAUUUCUUAAUGAUUGGUCAUUUGAGUUAGCAUCAAUGAUUGCUUUUAAUUUAAUGAUUGCUCUUUUACCAAUAGCAAUAAUACUUUUUGGUAUAUUAGGUCUCAUUUUAAAUGAUCGUCCUCAAAUUCAACAAGAUCUUAAAGAUAAUGUAAUUCAAUUAUUUCCAUCAGACAAUACAACACAAGUUGCAAUAAAACAAGUAGUUGAUCUUGUAUUUAAUAAAUUAUCAAAAGAUGCUGGAGUUAUAUUAGUUAUUGGUAUUUUAUUUGCAAUGAUUAGUUCAUCUCGUUUAUUUGUUUCUAUUGAUAAAACUCUGACUAUUAUUUAUCGUUUACAUGAACGUUCAUUUCUACGUCAAUAUUUAAUGGCAAUUGCUCUUUUAUUAGCAUUCAUUAUAAUAUUUAUAUUAAUGCUUGUUGCUGGUUCAGUACCAUCUGCUUUAAUGAAUACAGUUAGAGGAGAUGCCGCUCGUUUUGGUCUAUUUAUAGCUGGUAUAUUAAUGUCAUUAUCAAUAUCGUUCGGUCUUUUUCAAAUGAUUUAUCGAUUAACUCCAAAUAAAAAGAUGAGUUUAAAAAAAACAUGGUGCGGAGCAUUGAUUGCUGCUAUCAUUUUAGAAUUAUUUAUCAUUUUAUUUCCAUUAUAUGUACGAAAAUUUAUGAGUCAAAUUGGUUUUGCAGUCAUUCUUAUUAUCUUUUUUUAUUAUUUUGCUAUUAUACUUAUAUUUGGUGCUCAAAUAAAUUCUUACUUUUUUGAAAAUAAUUUUGCAUUGAAUGAUACUCUUGGUACAUCUGUUAGUCAAAUAUAUCAAGAGCAUCAUGAUGAAAACAUUACUAAUUCUUCAUUUAAUGAAAAUAAUAAUCAACAAGAUUUAUCAAACAAUAAUGAACAUAAUCAAAUGAAUAAUGUUCGAUGUAUAAACAAAUUGUGGCCAUUUAAAAGACGAUAUUCUAUUGAACCACUAUCACAAUCAAAUAAUUCUACAUAG